GUCCGAGUCACCAAUGGUCGAGUCACAAGUACCUAUGGCAGAAGUGCUCGAGUCCUGGUCCAUGUCUCAGUCACUGGGUCCACAUUAACUCAAAAUAAAGUUAUUUACACAGUCGGAUAUAUUGCAGUGGCAAGAGGAAUUUAGUCAAUAAAUUGUUUGCCGACAAAUGGCAAUGUUAAAAGGGCCACGUUCGUUGCAAAACGUUCUCAAAUGUUGCAUAUAGAAAUUCCAUGAAUGGAGCCAAUGUUAUUCCUUACUCUACAUGUCAGAGAGGCAUGUUUGUUCUACAUAGCAUAUAUCUAUCUGAACUAGACAUUGCAUCCUACUGAACGCUCCCCAGGUUGUUAGCUAUAGCUAGCUAAUGAGGUAACAUGACCGAACAAUGUCAGUCAACGGUCUGGUCCGCAUAUGCUUUAUGAAUGUAAAAUUCGGCCUUCCAAUGCAUGAUAGAAAGAAAAAAACAUAGCGCCUGUAUUAUGGGUCAUAUCUUUUGAACGGUAAUCUCUCUAUCCGUUUUGCUACAGAACCUGGAUAUAAAAUGCAGUGGGGAAAGUGGAAGGGUUGAGCGAGACUAAAAAUUCAAGGACCGCCUACUUUUCUAUACUCAAGGAUCUCAUAAUAGGAUUACUGACGUCCUGAGUGUAGUCCUCUGAGACUGACAGAGCGAGUGAAGAGAUCAAUGGAGUAAGACAGAUGGGACAGGGAGCAGUUGUCUUUGGUCCCCAUUCUCCAGUAGCAUCGUUCUGCUGCUAUGGUGCCGAUCCAUGCUAUGCACCCUCAGCCUGAUGAGGGGACACCUAAACAAAGUGACCAGCCAACCAAGAUGCUAAUCGUGCUAGACAGUGAGGACAGUGAGGAAGAGUCCAUUGAAGAGCAGCAGCCGGUUACGCCAUGGAAUGACCUGUGUAUUAUAGAUCGCGUAGGCUUCACCAGUGCUAAGAUGUCAGAGGAACAAGUGGAGAAUGCAUUCUCCCAGAUUGCGCUGGCCUUUCGUAGUGACCAGUACACCCUGAAGCAGAGGCUGCAGGCAGAGGAGCAUGCUAGGAACCUGGCUGAGGAGAACAUCCAGCUGGAGCUGAUGAGAGGCCGGGAGACACUGGAGACUCUAAAGGCUCUGUGUCUGGACAGUAUACGCAGUAAGAUCCUCCAGAGACUAGAGCUGUGUCUGGAUAUACUGGGAGGCACAGUGGAGAGAAUCUCCAACACAGCAGAGGUGUUGGGAGCUGUACAUCAGGAGGCUCGUGUGAGUCGAGCGGUGGAGCUGAUGGUGAGCCACGUUGACAACCUGAAGAGGCGUAAUGAGAGAGACACAGAGCUGGACGAGACCAAGAAACUCAACAGGGAAAUCCUCCGUAGGAACUACAGCGACCCUAGAGAUGAAGGAGAGUUCAGGCAGAAGGACAAUAAAACCUCUCAGCAGUUGCACAUUGGUGCAAGUCGUCGAAGGGUCAGCAUAGCAGUGAUCAACAAACAAGCCCAGGAAAAGAGAAAAUUGGAAAGAGGGCUGCAGAAGUCAUUCUCAUUAGAUCAUGGGAUAGGCAAGAAGUCGCUCUCAACCCCAUCUCCAUCAAUGGACUCCAUCACAGAGUCCAACUCUUCAGUCAUGGUCAAGACAGAAGAGAUGGAUGUUCCCUUACUGGAUGGCAGACCACAUGAAGCCCCUGAUGAUAACAAACAAACAGUUGCUGCUGAUGUCCAGUCACCACCUGAACCAGACCCCACUCCAGUCUAUACAGCACCCUGUCCCACUCUCACACACAAGCCAAACGAAGUGGACACCAAGAAAAACAGCAUGAGGUGCAGACAUAAAGGCAAGGCUGCGCUGGAGAGGACGGAGAGGAGGAAAGGGAACAGAGAGAAAACAAUGACACACACCGACCAAUGCAUCACCGGAACGUGUGGCCCUAUGUGCAGAGGGCGCCCCCUGGCCCCCUGGAUGUGGCACUGCCGCUGGGUUGUCCUCAGUGUGUAUCUGGUAGUGCUCUGCUGUGUGAUACUACUGAUCAUCCUUUUCUGGCUCGGUCCUGAACGUCUGCUGUGAGCUGAUGAGAUUUAACACAAACACUUCCUGAAGGAGACAGACAAAGCACUUCCUGGUUCUGACCUGGCUUCUGAUUGGUCAUUGAACAGCUUCACCCAAUAAACAUUC